UCUCUACCCCAAGUUCUUUAAAACAAAAUUUUUGGAAUAAAUAACACAAAUUUCUAGAGUUUUGAGAGAAAUACCAUGCACGUUUCAUAGAUAGUUUUAUGAUAGUUUAUUUUUGGUACUACAAAAAUAUCAAUUUGAUAUAAAAUUGUGAAUUUUGUAAUUUUUCCGCAACAAAAUUCCUCCAAAAUUAAUUCGCCAAUUUGAUGGGAAUCGAUAAUUUUGCACUAACAAAAAUUAACGUUGCAUUAAAGUAUGGACAGUUGUAUUUAUCUAAAAAUUCAAAGAAAUUGAUGCCACUUUAGAAAUUUGCAUUUAAAGAAAUUAAAUAGGGGUAGAGCGAGAUUAAAAAUCUAUGCCACAUCAAAUCGUCGUUUUAUAUAGCUCCUUAAUCAUCCCAUUUGGCCAGAACAUUCCCAACCCGGAAGUCAAUAAAAGAAAACCAUGUCGGACAACACCUCCCGUUUAGUACAAGCCUUAGAAAUGGCCAAAAUCAAACAUAACGAAGUAAUCCAACAACAAAUCCAAAUCGAGCAAAAACUCGUCCUUAAAGACAACCAAAUUUCUCACCUUGCCCAACAAGCCGUCAACUUAGAGGGAACCCUGUCCCACCGAAUUAACGAGAACAAAACCCUACAAACCCGAAAUGCCGCCUUACAAGAGGAAGUCCGCACUUUAAAAGAAGAAAUCCGCCGAUUAAACGAGGAAAUCCUCUGUCUCAAGGAUACCCAGAAAGAUAAGCAGCAACUUAUCGACCUCUACCAAACCCAAAUUUUCGACCAUAAAGCCAAAAUUUCCGAACUUGCGAAAAAUUUCGAAAUUCAGGCCAAAAUAAAUAAAGCGCAGGUUUUCCGAGCCAUGAAAAAAUUCGGUCGGUCCGGAGCCGUCACAAGUUUUGAGCGCCAUCUCGAAGCCGGAAAAGUAGUCGACGAGAUGACCAUUACUUUUAACGAAAUGAUGAAAAAAGGUGGAGAUUUGACCAAUCUGGGGGAAAAGUUUGUUUCGAAAUUUGACAAAAAUUUGGCGAAAUUUACACCCCGGCAAGAAAACGGGUUGAGAUUGAUUAACGCUAGAUUGACGGAUUCCAAUAAAAGGGUUGAAUUAAGGGGGGUUUUGGAUUCAGUGGGAAAUUCGGAGUUUGAUAAAAUACAGGAGGAUUUUUUUCGAUAUUGUGAAGAAAAUAAUGGCCCGAAACUUUUUUUGGAACAAUAUCCACAAUUUUAUUCCCCAAAUGGGAACGCAAGGGUGCAAAAUAUUCGAAAGGUGGUUGAAUCUAAAUUGGUUGCGGGUGAGUUUAAACGGCUGUGGGGUGAAGUGACGUCCAAAACGGCGGGGUGGAAUGAGAACAGGGUCCUGUUUUAUGAUAUGGUUGCCUCAGAAAGGUCAGAUUAUGGGGCGGGGAAGGGUUUUGUUUAUAGGUCGGGGGCCAAUUUUAAAAGCUUUUGGGCUAGGUUUUGGUAAAAAAAAUGGGCAAAAAAGUGUUAGAUUUAUGUAAUUUUGUAAUGUUUACAAUUUCGAAAAUUUUAACAAAUUAUGUACAAAAAUUACCAUUCACAAAAAUUAUUUAAUUAUUUACAAAAAUUAUUAAGAAAGAUGUAGAAAAUAUGUGUUCGUUUAAGUAAUUCAUGACGACUUAUUAUUGGGCUUACUCACGACAAACUUUGCAAAUUGAGUAAUUGGCGAGGUUUUGUAAAAUUAGUAAAAAUUUGGAAUUGGAAAAAUACGUAUGCAAUUUUUUUCUAAAUUUACCCAAAUUGGCAUGUUAUAAUAUAAUUUUUUUAUUUUGGAAAAUUUUGGAAAUUUUUCGAACAAUAUUUUACAAUAAUAUUUACACGAAAUAAUUAUUCAGCCUUAUAAGUAAAUUUGUUAAACAAGUUGCCAGCCAUGUUUAAUUCGUAACAAUUUUGUAAAUUUGUAAUAAAAUUAAGACAUUUUUUUAAAUAAAGGACGUAAUUUAGAUUGGUUAAAUUGAAUUCAUUACGUUCCCAAUGUGGACUUGUAACCUAAAAUAAAGUAAAUAGGAUUAGAAAACGGGAAAUUUUGCGUAAUUUACAUAACUUGUAACCUUACUAAGUAUAAAUUCAAUAACUUGUAACCUUACUAAAUAUAAAUUCAAGACAUAAUUUCAUAUAUUUAUCUCCACAUUUCUGUAAACUGGGACCUGUAUCAUAAUAAAUUAUGCCCAAUUUAUUAAAACCGAAA